AUGGAUAUUUGGGUGAAUGGCAAAAAAGUGGACACUGCGGGGGAAUUUGUUGAAAAUGGAACAGAAACGCACUUCGAGAUUGGUAAGAAUGUGUGCUAUGUGAAAGCAACAAGUAGUGGGAAGAAGAAGAUCGGCUUCAUCUAUCAGCUCUUUAUCAACGAUAAGGAGGUGAUCACGACCGAUGAUUCAACUGCUUCCCUCUAG